UCCUGAACGCAUCGUGCCUAUCACAUGGCAGGUGAUAGUUGGGGGGGCUCGCGCUACAAUACAACGCAGAGUACAGACGAGGGGCAACUGUACGGUGUAUGACAUCUUGCCACUGUGAGUGUGUUUCAUAUGUGUGUAAUGAGCAUGUCUGUGUAUGUCUGUGUGCUCAUUUUAUCUUGAAGUGUCUCCCCAACAGAAUUAAAGGAUUUGUUUCGAUAAAGCGUCAGAGGAGUUGCUCAGCCUGCCCACAUCAGAAAACCUGAGAUCUGAUGCUUCCUUCAAUCACCAUGGAAACGGAGGCCAGUCACAUGCUGGAGGCAGCACUGGAACAGAUGGAUGACAUCAUUGCAGGUUCGAAAGCAGCAGCAGUGGAGUUUUCUAACAGCAUGUAUGACCUGGGUUCUCCCAUAAGCGCUGGUCCACUGCAGGUCGUGCAGUUAGCUGAGGACCUCAAACUUGCCUUGGAGCUGCAACCCAACCAGGAGGAGAGAGACAGCCUGAGAGCACAGUUACAUACAGAAACAGCACAAGCUCUCAUAGACUGGCUACAGAGUGGAACUGUGAACCUGUGUUCUCCAGCCAACAAUGAAACCUACCAAGAGCGGCUGCUCCGCUUAGAGGGAGACAAGGAGUCUCUGGUGUUACAGGUCAGCGUUCUGACAGACCAGGUGGAGGCCCAGGGAGAGAAAAUCAGAGAUUUAGAAAGUUCUCUUGAGGAACACCGGCAGAAACUGGCCUCCACUGAGGAGAUGCUGCAACAGGAGCUGAUAAGCAGGACCUCUCUAGAGACUCAGAAGCUGGAUCUGAUGGAUGAGGUGUCCUACCUCAAACUAAAGCUGGUUAGCAUGGAGGAGACACACACCAACACACACCCACAAGAUCCUGUGGACACAAAGCAGAACAAAGCAGAGUGUGUGGUAAAUCUCAUCAGUGAGCUCCAGGAGCAGAUGUGCAGGUUUCAGGCAGAGAUCAGCACUCGCAUCCAAGAGAAACAGGCCCUGCAGGAGAGGGAGGCCCAGGUGGGGGAGCCUGGAGGCAGCCAAGCCCAGGGCCCCAGCCCUCAGCUCGAGUUAGCCAGCUCAGACCUUAGCCUGUCCGGCUCUGACGCCUGGAUGCACAAUGGAGGACAGACUGUACACGAUUUGUUACAAGAAGUGAAGCAGCUGAAAAGCAAAGUGGAGGAGUUGGAAGGAGAGAAGAGCCAAUAUGAGAGAAAACUAAGAGCAACCAAGGCAGAAAUCUCAGAGCUGCAGCAGCUCCUGGCCUCCAAAGAUGCUGAGAUUGAGUGUCUGCAGACCCAGCUGCUAGCCAGAGAUGGCACAGCCAAUGACAAUGCAGAGAGAGACCAGGAGUACCAGAGGUUGAAGGUGGGGAUGGAGUCUCUGUUAGCUUCAAAUGAUGAAAAGGAUCGUCGUAUAGAAGAGUUGACCAUUCUGCUUGGCCAAUACAGAAAGAUUAGAGAGGUCAUGGCACUCACACAGGGGAGCAGUGAAGAGGAGCUGAGUGGCAGUUUAAAACUCAGAGCCAUCACACACAAAGCACACUCUGAUAUCCUUAGGUCAGAGAUAUCAUCAAGAGGCUCUUCUCCACUUAUGUUAUCUUCAUCGCCCUACCAGAGGGAAUUGGACAUAAGUAUCCAGAAUUCUGUGGACACAUCACUGGUGUUCACUGGAGAGACAAGCUUCUUGAAUGGGUCGUGGCAUCAGCGCAGGUUGCUGUCCAGCAGUCUUGAAGAGUUGCAGAGUGGAUCCUUACAAAAGGCUGUAGAGAUCCAGCCAGCUGAAAGUGAAUCAGAUGUAGGGGCAGAGAAUCCCCACCUGGAGCUGAGCAAGUACCAGACUCUGCCAGGGAAACUGACGAGAAAGAGCGAGAUGAGAGUUGAGCUGAAUGGAGAAGGAGAGUAUUUAUCUCCUGUCCAGCUCUCUCCUGUUCACAGCAAUGAGCAGGACUACAGACUGACACGUCCAGAGAAACUGGAGGAGUGCAUCCUUUCAGACCAGUCCCCUCUGUCCUCUGGAGUGGACUCUGGGCAGCAGUCCCCUGUCUCACCAGAGAACAGGAAGAGUCACAGAGGCAUUAAGAAACUCUGGGGGAAGAUCCGUCGCAGCCAGUCAGGUAGUCCUGUCCAGGUUCAUGACUCCGAGCUUGGAGAGUUCAAGAGGGGAGGCUUCAGAGCCACAGCUGGACCACGACUGGCCCGUCCAGGGAACACACGAGACCUGAAGAUGCCUUUUUCCAAGUGGAGCACAGAGCAGGUGUGUGACUGGCUUGAGGACAUUGGACUUGGUCAAUACGGCAUCCUGGCUCGCCACUGGGUCACAAGCGGUCAGACUUUACUGUCAGCCACCCCACAAGACCUAGAGAAGGAGAUGGCAAUGAAGAAUCCGCUCCACAGGAAGAAGCUCCAGUUAGCCAUUAAGACAUUCAGCAGCAAGCAGCCUGAGAAGUCUGCAGAGCUGGAUUACAUCUGGGUCACUCGUUGGCUUGAUGACAUUGGCCUUCCUCAGUACAAAGAUCAGUUUAAUGAAGGAAGAGUGGAUGGACAGAUGCUGCAGUACCUCACUGUGAAUGAUUUAUUAUUCCUUAAAGUGACGAGCCAGCUCCAUCACCUCAGUAUCAAGUGUGCCAUUCAUGUUCUCCAUGUCAACAAGUUUAAUCCUAACUGCCUCAAACGCAGGCCCUGCAAUGAGAGCCAGUUCACUCCCAGUGAGGUGGUCCAGUGGUCCAACCACCGAGUUAUGGAGUGGCUGAGAUCUGUGGACCUGGCAGAGUACGCACCAAACCUGAGAGGCAGCGGGGUGCACGGAGGACUGAUAAUGCUGGAGCCACGGUUUAACUCAGACACACUGGCCAUGCUGCUGAACAUCCCUCCUCAGAAAACACUGCUGAGACGCCACCUCACCACCAAUUUCAACGGUCUGGUUGGAGCACAAGCACAGCAGGAGAAGAGGGAGUACACUGAGGCAGCGGGCUACACUCCACUCAGCAUCACAGCUAAAGUUAAGCCAAAGAAGUUGGGCUUCUCUAACUUGACUCACCUCAGGAGAAGACGACCAGACGAAUCCACAGAUUACGUCUGUCCCAUUGAGUCCUCCUCCCCUCAGUCAGGACAGUCUGCGAUGAACGGGGUACAGAUGCGUCCCUACGCCGGCUUCAGAGGCCUGAGCCCCAUCCUGGACAGAGAACCCGACCACUCCAGGGACCAGAUGGUGGUCACAGAGGGCACCAUGUUGCAAAUAGAAGCUCUGUCUGAAAGCAUCAACAACCUCACAUACCUGCUCAGCCAGGAGGAGCUGCAGAAGGAGCUGAGGAGGUCUCAGACGGUGCUUGUUUGAAGGACAAUGACCCGGUGCUGUUGGCGCUCUAAUGCUGCAACCACAGAGACACAUAUAGCAGGCAAUGUCACACCUGCACCAUGCCUCAAGCCCCAGCCUAACAACUACUUCUACUAGCCGCUGAUACCUCAUGUAACACCUACAGUCAUUCUGCAGUCACACUGUAUAUACAAUGGACCUAGAAACAACAGUGGACUUUAAUUAACAGUGUCGAAAACAAUCUUCAAGGGUUGCUUACAAAAGUCACAUUUCUGAAUUUUGUACAAUGGUGAAGUUAACUGUUAUUCAUGAGCCAUAAGCUCAUGUGGCAUUUCUUACUGCUUUUACUGCUUUACUGCUAAUGAUCAUAUUGACCACUGUGUACUGUACAUACUGUGUACUGUGCUGGUAUUUUGAAACGUAACCAUGGUCCUUUGUUGCAAAAAGUGAUAUUAUUUACAUUUGGAAAGAUGAAUCAAACAAACAAAACAACCCCCCCUCCCCUGAAAAAUAAAGAAAACUAAAAAUAUUCCCAUCAGCCUCAGCUGGACUGGUUAGUGCUAAUUAGCAAAUGUUAGCAUGCUAACACACUAAACUGAGAUGGUUAAUAUGGUAAACACUACAGCUGAUAAACAUCAGAAUGUAAACAUUUUCAUUAUGUGCUUGUCAGCAUGCUGACAUUAGCAUUUUGCUCUAAGCACCAAAUUGCCUACCACUAGCAUGAACCAUUAGUUUAGUUACACAAUUUAGACCCAUGAAAAACUGAAUUUCCCAGAAAUGUAACCACUGUUUAUGUUGAUGUGACUAUGAAGCAACUAAAAGUGAUUAGAUGUCUAUAGCUGAAAGUCCAGAGACAGUCUUCAGAUCAGUUUGAAAGACAGAAUCUGUGAUACUGUAUUUAAAUAUUAUCAUCUGACAACUAAUCUUUAACGGCCUGAGAAGAAAGAAAUGAAGUUGCUGGAGAUGCUGUUUUUUAUGCAGUUAGAGCAAAAAAUUGUGUAAUGUUAUUACAUUGUAAUAUUAUUACAUUCUCAAAUAUUUGUAUGGAUAAUUGCAGAGUAUUGUAUUCUCCCCCAUGUGCCCUAGAACAGCAUUGGUUUAGGUGUAUAUUAAUGUAACUGUCCACCUAGAGUUAUCCAUUAAAAUGUAUGUAAGACAAAAAAUUGACCACUGUGUACUGUGCAAAUGACAACAUACUGGUACAGCAGAACAGUAUAUUGUGAUAUUUAGUUGACUUUAAUAGACUGGGUCUCCUGAGCUGUAAACAGAUCGUGUUUAGGAAAUAGGAAAGUAACCUCAUGUAAGCAGGUACAGUAUAAGUGCUAUACCUGCAUUAACACAGUAGUAUAGUGAACUGCCUCUUAAACAUUAUCAGGGUUGCUAUUACAAGAGCCUACUGCUAUUUAACCAUAUAAGAGAUGAAGUCCUAUUGUUCAGAGCUGGAAUUUUGAUAAGAACAAUAAAUAUCAAAUGUUACCCAUAAGUUCUUCCUAACCAUCCAGCCACCCACCAACCCCCAGAUAAAUUUAAACUGAAACUCCCCUA